AUGAGCGGAAAAAAUGUUCGAGGAGGUCGUGCUGGUGGUGCUGCUGCUGCUGGUGGUGCAAAGGCAGCUGGUGGCGCAAAAGCAGCUUUUGCUAUGUUUCAACAAAAAGAUAUUGAUGCUGGUGGAACAGGAAAAGCUAGCAGUGAACAAGGUACUGGUGCACCAACAAAUCCAGCAAGUAUAAAAGAGCGUCUUCUUGUAUGGUGUCAACAAACUACUAAAGGUUAUAAACAUGUCAAUGUAACAAAUUUUUCAUCGUCAUGGGCAGAUGGUAUGGCUUUUUGUGCUCUUAUACAUCAUUAUUUACCUAAUGCAAUUAAUUAUGAUUCUCUUAAUCCAAAAGAUAGAAGAAAAAAUUUUGAAAUAGCUUUUAAAGCCGCUGACGAUAAUGGAUGUGCACCAUUACUUGAAGUCAAUGAUAUGAUUGAAAUGGGUGAUAAACCUGAUUGGAAAUGUGUAUUUACAUAUAUUCAAUCACUCUACAAACAUUUUGUUAUGAUGCCUCAAGCAAUGGCAGCUAGAGCGGCAGAACAAGCCGCUGGUAUAACAUGGUAUGGUGCAAUACAAUUAUUAAUCUUAUUAACAUUUGUAUUACAUACACUUUUAAUGGUUAUUAUUUAUGCACGUGAUUAUAUAAAUAUAAAACAUUGUAAUGAAGAUAGUCGUUUAGUAUGUGGAGAAAAUCUUUUUACUUAUGUUAUUCUUAGUAUGCUUGAAAUAGCUUAUAUUGAUUUUGAUAUAUUAAAUCGACAAGUAUCUAUACAUGCUCUACAUCAAAAUUUUGAAUAUCGAGCACGACAAGCUGGACAUAUAGCAUCAUCGGAAGACUUGACUCUUAUUACAAAACAAAAUUCAGCACCAGCAGAAAGUUUUGAAACUGUUGAACAAGAAUUUAUAAGGGAGUUAAUUUAA